AUGGGAUAUAAUCAAUCUUCUACAAUGUCUCCAAGAAAGUAUGUCACUUUUGAGAUGGUUGAGCGAAAGGAAAAAUUGAGGACUCUUGAAUUGCUCGUCGAAAUGAAUGUCAAUAAAAUUGCGGAGCGUGCCAUCCUUGUUGAUUUUUUGAGAGCCAUUCAUGAGAACUGGAGGGAAGAAUUCAAAGACUACCAGCAGGAAAUCUCCAAGUUAAAGGAAGAGAAAAGAAAUGAAAAAAACAAGAACCAAGAAAUAUAAAAAUCAAUGCAAGCAGGCCAGAAAGGAAAUUCGAAAAGCACAAACUAAACUUAUGACUGUUGACGAGAUGGUAACUAAGCUAAAUUACCAGGUUAAACUUAAGGAGUAUAACAGAAUCAAUAGAAUCAAUGAAAGAAACAAAGCCGAACCAGAUAAGGAAAUCAAAAGAGAGAUGACUAAAAUCUAUCAGAGAUGCAUCAAAGUAAGAGGAAAUACUUUGUUCUAUGAAAAUGACUACCUCUUCACAAAUAUUGAUAUAU